AGUGAUGCCCUGACACCUGAGGUACCAGCACAUCCCAUGGUGGAAGGCAUGUGACCAGAUCAGAAUGGUCUUGGCUCAUACCUUCACCGUCUCCCUACUGAAGUAAGUGCUGAAAAUUGCAUCUCCUGGACAUUGCAUCUCCUUGCUGCCCCUCAGAGCCACCCUGGCCACCAGCCCACCUCAGUGUGCCACCAGACUCUGCAUUCCCGUUCAUGGCAAUGCCCCAGAACUCCACCAGAGAAAAUGGCUUUUGUUUCGCUCAGCCCCUCGACUUCUCCCGCCCAUCCCCUCAUGGCGGCGAGGCCGGCCGGCCAUUGGGCACAGCGAGGGAGGGCGAUGGCUGCAGCACCCCCCUGAGCAAUGGUGUGGGCUCCUCGGGGGCCCCCAGCCCCUCAGGGGCUCCCAGCCCCUCAGACUCCUCUGCUGAGCCCCUCUGCACACCCAGCCCGGCGCAGGGCCAGACGCCGCUCGAGGAAGGGAUCAAAUACGUGUCUGCCCAAGGGGAGGAACUGGCCUGCGGCUGGGGGGCCUUCACCCCCGGCUGCCUGCAGCCCUGCAACACAUCCAAAGGAGUCUUGUUCUUCCUCUGCGCGGCCUCCUUCCUGCAGGGCAUGACUGUGAACGGCUUCAUCAACACCGUCAUCACCUCCAUCGAGCGCCGCUUCGACCUGCGCAGCUACCAGAGCGGGCUGAUCGCCAGCUCCUACGACAUCGCGGCCUGCGUCUGCCUCACCUUCGUCAGCUACUUCGGGGGCAACGGCCACAAGCCGCGCUGGCUGGGCUGGGGCGUGCUGCUCAUGGGGCUGGGCUCCCUGCUCUUCGCGCUGCCGCACUUCACCACGGGCCCCUACGAGGCGCGCUCGGCGGCCCAUGUGGGCGUCUGCGGGGCGAACCAGAGCCUGCCCUGCUCCCAGGCCGCCUCCAGCCUCUCUGGCUACAGGUUUGUCUUCAUGCUGGGGCAGUUCCUGCACGGCAUGGGAGCCACACCGCUCUACACGCUCGGCGUCACCUACUUGGAUGAGAACGUCAAGACCAACUACUCCCCUGUGUACAUUGCUGUUUUCUACACUGCUGCAAUCCUUGGGCCUGCAGCGGGUUAUCUGGUAGGAGGAAUGUUUCUAAAUAUUUAUACUGAAAUUGGCAGAGAGACUGACAUGGCCCCAGAGAACACGCUGUGGGUGGGGGCCUGGUGGAUCGGCUUCCUGGGGGCUGGAGCUGCCUCUCUGCUCAUCUCCAUCCCCAUCCUGGGCUACCCCCAGCGCCUCCCAGGGUCCCAGCGCUACAUCGUCAUGAGGGUGUCUGAGGCUCAUCAGCUGAAGGAUGGCAGCCACAAGAAAGCAUUGGAUCCAGACUUUGGGAAAACAGUGAAAGACCUGCCUCGGUCAGUGCUGCUACUUCUGAAGAACCCCACCUUCAUCUUCCUCUGCUUAGCAGGAGCAACUGAAGCAACCCUGAUUGCUGGGAUGUCCACCUUUGGACCCAAAUUCCUGGAGUCUCAGUUCAGUUUGAGUGCCUCUGAAGCUGCCACCUUUUUUGGUUAUCUGGUGGUGCCAGCCGGAGGGGGAGGCACAUUCCUGGGAGGAUUCCUCGUGAAUAAACUCAAACUGCGCUGCUCAGGAAUCAUCAAGCUGUGUUUGCUUUGCACAGUGUCAAGUCUGCUGGCCAUCUUCAUUUUUUUUAUCCACUGCCCUAACAUGCCCAUGGCAGGAGUAACCCAGAUGUACGAUGGAAGUGCUUUGCCAGGUGGGCACCUCAACCUGACAGCAGCCUGCAAUGCCCAGUGUGGCUGCCUGCAGGGCACCUACAGCCCUGUCUGUGGCACUGAUGGCAUCAUGUACUACUCCCCCUGCCACGCUGGCUGCAAAAGUGUGUCUGUAAACCUCAGGAAUGGCAAGAAGGUCUACCAGGAAUGCAGCUGUGUUGACAAUGCCCUCCUGCCUGGCUCUGGCAAAGCAGAGGCAGGGAAAUGCACCUCCUCCUGUGCCAAAAAGCCCUUGCUCCUGUGCUUCAUAUUUGUGGUCAUCCUCUUCACCUUCCUGAGCAGCAUUCCUGCCCUGACUGCCACUCUGAGGUGUGUCUCUGACAGACAAAGGUCCUUUGCACUCGGGAUCCAGUGGAUUGUGGUACGAACCUUAGGAGGCAUCCCUGGCCCCAUUGCCUUUGGCUCCAUGAUUGAUAAAUCCUGCCUGCUGUGGCAGGACCAGUGUGGGGAGCAGGGCUCCUGCUACGUGUACCAGAACUCAGCCAUGAGCCGCUACACCCUCAUCGCUGGACUGGUCUACAAGGUGCUCGGGACAACCUUCUUUAUAGUGGCCUGUUUACUCUACAAACCUCCACCUUCAGAGUCACCUCCAGGCAGCUUGGAUGCAUCUGAAAAUGGCAGCAGAGACCUCCAGGAGCACAAGCCUUCACUGCCAGCUGAAGAGAAUAUAUAGUGCUGUCCACAUGCAAGAGACUUUUUAAAACUGAGAAAUACCACGAGAAGACUUUAUGCAGUUUCCCAAGGGGUUUUUAAAUCAACAGUAAUAUUUUAAAUUUUUAUUCUUUUUUUAGUUGAAGAUAAAUAAUUUAAGUGACCACUGGUGUGCUUUGCUAUUUUCUUAACAGCAGAAGCACAUUUAAAGUUGUGCGCUGGUGCCACGUGCAGUUAUUUAAUUUUAUUUAAAGAAAGGGCUACUGUAGCUUUAUUCUGUGUCUGUGACAAGCCAGGACCACGUUCUCCACUUGUGGAAGUAAUCACUGGUAACUCCAAUGGAGCAUGUGGGGUUUAAAGCACCAGAGGAUCUGGGCCAACUGUAUUGAAUAUCUCAAUUGUAAAGCCAACUGUAGCAAAGCUCCUGUUGGGACUUCCAAGCUGGGGAGGAGCACUGCUGUUCUGCAGUCUGCACUGCAAAGGGGUCACUGGCCCUUGAACUGUUGCAUGCAAAGCAGACAGCCCUGGCAGUGUCCUCCUCCUUCCCACGGCACACAGAAUCACUCUGUUCAGGAGCAGCUCCUCUCAUUAUGCAAGUUCCUAUUACUGGGAGAGGAGAUUUGAUUAGCAAAUCCAUCAAUACACUACAGGCAGCCAUUCCCAGAGCUGCCAAGCACUGUACAUUCACUGCCUCACUCAUUGCAGGGUUUACACCGUGGUGACACUUCAGUUUUUUUAUUUGUGUUGUUUAAAAGUGAUGCCUUUUGUAAUGUACUGUGCAAAACUUGAACUUCUUGCUGUUUGCUGGGCGUGGGAAGGCGUGAGAUACAGAUCUAUGCAAUGUUUAUCUUGGGUUGUUCUGUAAAGACAGUGGGUUUGGGUAAACAGAAAGAUUGAAUUUAGUUUGUCUCUAGACCAGUAGCCUGAGGGGUGGGUCUGCCUUGUGGAAGGGGGAUGCUGGCUUGUAACUCUUGCAGGGAGGGAGGGCAGCGUUCCCAAAACGACCUUUGAAUGUGCUCUUGCAAUAUGGAUCAGGACCUUUCUGAGGGGCAGAAGAGGAAUUGGGGCGCAUGUGAGUCUGGCUGCCCUCUGAGUGGAGAUCAGGCCAGGCUGGUGCUUGGUGUGCAGCCAGCC